AUGUCAGAACAAAAAAAACAUGAAAAGGCUCCCCUUAAGAAGACUGCUGCUCAAAAAGUUAGCAAAGUUGGCUCAUUUACUGCAGGUGGUAUGGCUGCAUGUCUUGCAGUUACGUUUACAAACCCAAUUGAAGUUGUUAAGACUAGAAUGCAAUUACAAGGUGAAAUGUCGGCAGUCUCACAAAAUAUCUAUAAAAACCCUAUUCAAGGUAUAAGUGUAAUAUUCAGAAAUGAAGGGAUCAGAGGUUGUCAACGUGGUUUAAUUGCUGCGUAUGUAUAUCAAAUUGGUCUGAACGGUUCAAGACUGGGUUUCUAUGAACCGAUUAGAAAUAUUCUAAAUAAAACAUUUUAUCCAGAAAGUCCAUCUCAUAAAAUUCAAAAUGUUCCUAUUAAUGUGGUUUCAGGUGCAUCCUCCGGUAUCAUCGGUGCCGUUGUGGGAUCACCCUUAUUUUUGAUUAAGACUAGAAUGCAAUCCUUUUCUAAAGCUGUAGCACUCGGUGAUCAGACACAUUAUACUGGUGUAUGGAAUGGGUUACGAACAAUUUUUAAGACAGAAGGUGUAAUUGGUUUGUUUCGUGGUGUAGAUGCAGCAAUUAUUAGAACAGCAUCAGGUUCUGCAGUUCAGUUGCCUAUCUAUAAUAUCGUAAAACAUGGUCUUCUAAGAAAUCAUAUUAUGUCAGAUAGUCCCGCAUUACAUUUAACAUCUAGUGCUGUUGCGGGUCUUGGUGUUGCAGUUGUGAUGAAUCCAUGGGAUGUUAUCCUAACGAGAAUAUAUAAUCAAAAGACAAACAAAUAUAAGGGACCGAUAGAUUGUUUAGUUAAAACUGUCAAAAUAGAAGGUAUUAGUGCAUUAUAUAAAGGUUUCGAAGCGCAAGUAUUUAGAAUUGCUCCCCAUACCAUUUUAACUUUAACAUUCCUUGAACAGACUAUGAAAUUGGUACAUUCAGUGGAAUCUAGAGUUUUAAUGCAUUAA